UACAAAUGUUUCCACUGCUUUCGAUUCAAACGCUUUCCCAAGUUCCUAUGUUCACUCCACACACGUUGGUCCUCAUAUGAGAUGACAUGUUAUUACUCACUUGUUGUUGUUGGCUCAAUCGCCUUUGAGUGCAUAAUAAUGAACACACACGCUAUAGUCGCAUUAAAGUUGCGUUUGAUACGGGAAGCGUUCCUUGUCGCAUUCGUCGUGUGAUAGUGCGUUGAUAUCUCGUCGCUUCUGAAUCGUCGUGGUUCGCUUGGAUUUUUCAAAAAAGGGGGAGAAAUACCAGAGAUACCAGAUACCAUUGAUUUUCUCGUCUCGCCCGGGAGGGUUUAUGUCGAUCGUGUUGAUGCGCGAAAUUGAAUGCGACCCGCAAGAUCGAAUCAUAGUCGUUAACGUUAUAAACAAAAGGUGAGUUCGUUGCACGUGGAAUAAGCUGAUUUGGCUGCCGAAAUCGAUAAGAUACACUCACGUAUCUAAGAUCGUACCUGGUCGAUGGAAUCGCGAUCGGGCUUGCGAAUCAUUCGUUGAAGGUGUUUUUUUGUCUAAAUCGUGGCAUUGCCUGCAUAUUUUAAUUUUAUCAUAAUGCGAAAUUCCUAUGGAGGCAUAUCACCGUCUCGGCUGAUUCCAUGCCUUAGUUAACCUGGAGAUCUUGCACCGGUCAAGUGGUGGAACGCGUGGAGAUAUACGAUCCCCCGCCGAGAAUUGUGAAUAAAGGCUUUUGUGUAGUAAUGAACGUUGUGCAUUCGAACUCCUUCCAAAUAGGCUGGAAUAUCGAGUUCCCAUUCAAGUGAUCGAUGAGAUAAAAAUCUGCAUCUCUUACCUAUUAAAUUGCAACCUUCAUGUCACAGUGGAUUAGAGAUAACCAGAAAAUUACAGCCACAUCUUUGACACCUACUCCCAAGGAUUUAUUUGAACGAGACUCCCCCAAGGACUCGGCCUCUUCAUUCUAAAAGCCGAAGAGACCAUUAUUUGAGUGAGUUCAGGAGGGUUUUUUUCUGAACUACAAAGCAGGAGGGAAAAAACAACAAAAGGUGUAAGAGAAUUGCCUACACAAGCCAACGAAACGAUCAAGUGGAUACGUGGAUACGUAAUAUAAUACAAAUUAAGAUACUACAAAAAACUGUAGAAAACCACAAAAAUGUCGAAACGAGAAAUGAUGGAUUCAUUGGAGCGGCCCGGAUUGUUCAAAGAAGUCAAAGUUGUAUUGGUCGGACCGGCAAAGUGUGGAAAGACAGCCCUCAUACAGCGUUUUGUUAAUGAUACGUUCAGCGAUAACUACAUUCCAACCGGAUUUGAAAAAUAUUCAACCAAAUCAAAAAUUGGCGACUACACGAUUGAAUACUCCAUAUGGGAUACAUCAGGAAGUGGAUCUUACGACACUGUCCGACCGCUAGCCUACCAAGAUGCCCAAGCGUUCAUCCUGUGUUUCAAUGUUGGCGAACCCGAGUCCUUGGAGCACGCCAUCCACAAAUGGCUACCAGAGGUCCGUGCCCAUUGCAAUGUGUCCACUCCCAUCAUAUUAUGCGGAUGCAAGGCUGACAUACGACUCAUGGAAGCACCUGACACAAAUCUCUAUAUGAAUCAAGGACAAAUCACCAGGGAACAAGCAUACAUGGCGUGUCAGCAUAUUGGAGCGACUGGAUAUGUGGAAACAUCGAGCUUCUAUCCAGGAAUGGUGGCCGUAGUGGAAGUUUUCCAUAAAGCUGCCGAAGCAGCACUGGGAAUAUCUUUGUUAGACUGUAAUUCAUCACUGAAAACUCCAAAGAAAAAGAGGAAAAUCUACAGCAUUGGAACAUUGGGGAAGACCAGUCCUAAACAGGAGGACACACGGUCGGAAGUAGGGAAAAGUUCUAAGAAUUGUUGUCUUAUGUAGUUUGAUAGUUUUUAGUUUGAUUAGGAGAAUUGAAAGACAUGAAUUUUAUGGGAAUCUAAAAACCCUAAUUUUCUGGAUAACUAAAAUAAUUAGAAUUGGGGGAGGAAAGAAGUCAACGUUAUGACCUAUUUGACCCCUCGAAUUCUUGAGUUUUUAUAAUGGGUACAGCGGACCAAUGUGGUUAUUACUAGUCAACGUUGCUAGAAGGAUAGGAUGAGAUGAGGGUUUUUUAUUAGAUUGGGGUUUGAAGAACUUGAAAUUGAACAAAAGAUAUUUUAAAACACACAAAGGAAGCUGAAUAAAUAUGUAACGAGAUGAAUUUAUACAAUUUCAAGGAGCUGAAAAACGAUCCAUUGCUCAGAGGAAAACUGAAAAUAAAAUCUCUUGAUGCACUUCUAGAGCUUCAUCAUCUGUUCAUCUCGAAAACUAAUGUGUAAUUUUAUAUGCUUGCAUCACACAUUGUCACUUACGGAUAGAAGAAACCCAACGAAACGAGAAUAGUUCAAAGUGAAAGCGCUGCAACUUGCACAAUGGAAACUUCCCAUUUAUACGAGUGUAUCUUGAACUUUUCUCCUCGACGGCUCACAUAUCCGGUGAUUACGUUAUUUCAUCUCUUCAAAGCCACUAUCUAGUACCCUUCACUCAUCUUGACCAAUUACUUGAAAUUAUUGAAAAAAGAUAUACGAAAAUGCUACGAAACAAUUAGCUGUGAUCUAGAAAAUCUAAAGUAAGAUUAUCUUUAACGAAAAUGGAUUAAAAGUGAAUUAAGUUAAAAAGAUAUUAUUCAUCUAUUUCUAACUCCAGAACGGAUGGCUUAGUCGUGAAAUUCCGACUAUCUGACAAUAAUAAUUUAUAACUUUUAACGUGGAAAAAGAUACAUUUUAAUACAUUAUCAUGAAAAAAGGAGUAUUUCAUAAAGUCAAAUUGAUAAAUUUAUCUAAAAUAUGAAAAGCGUCCCUACAAUCAAUGUAACAGUGAAUAAUUAAAUUCUUGCCCAAUUUAGCUCAGAUAUUAUCAGUAAGAAGUAACAUAGAUAUUAUUAAAGAUAUAUGUAUCUAUGGCAUAGAUUUCUAUGUAAAAUGUAUCUUUCUAAAGCAAUACUAAAUAAUUUUUAAAAAGACGUAAGUUAUUAUUAUGUAAUAUUUAUAAAUCAAAUAUGAAAUAUUUACAAAUGCACAUAUUUUUUGAAACUGUAAAUAUUGAAAUGUUUUUGUAGGAAAUAUAGUCAUUCAAAAGAUA